AUGGACGGGACGCUUAUAAGUAACAAGCAUAUAGUAGCUAUUUCAAUCGAUUGUGUUGAGGGUGAUCGCGAUUGUCAGUCUCCUAAAAUCUGUAGUGUGAAAUACGUUCGGUUAAAAAAGAAAGAUAUUCCUAUUAAGUUAAAACUUGGAGGAGAUUUCAUGAAUGCCGUUUAUGUGUUCGGGCUUGCGGGUGUUCAAUCCAAUUUUCCUUGUAUAUUUUGUACACAACAUAAGAAAGAAAUGCAAUUACGUCGUCAUCAACACAAUUCUGGAUUUUAUCGUCAACUCAGUAAUUCUUCUCUGUUAAAUCGUCAACUCGUCCACCCGCACAAUCUUGCUCGUCCACCUGUACAAUUUGCUUUACCACACGCACCACGCUUACUAUCCAUACGUCCAUUAAUUCAACGAUUUGUUUUUUGCGGCGCAAUCGCAAAUCGAGGCUGA